AGGAGAAGGAGGAGAAGGAGAAGGAGGAGAAGGAGAAGGAGAAGAAAAGAAGAAGAAGAAGAAGAAGAAGAAGAAGAAGAAGAAGAAGAAGAAGAAGAAGAAGAAGAAGAAGAAGAAGAAGAAGAAGAAGAAGAAGAAGAAGAAACAAUCAACUACACUGGGUGAGAAUGAGAAUGGUGGUAUGAUCAUAUUUGAUCAUACUUGGGGGUUCCUUCUAGACUUAGACUAUCUCUUGUAUGGUAUCCAUCUAGCCCUUCCACCACGCAUAUUGAGAUGAAAAUGGCUUCUGAAUUGGACAGAGCAGUGACUGCAUGUAUCAGAUAACAAGAAAAACAAGAAAAAAAACAGAAUUGUUCCUUGCACUUAAACACUUGGUGUUGGUCUGUUGUGUAUUUGAAAUGCAGUGACUAACACAGAGUGAUUAGCACUGACCUUUGGUGUAUGGAUAUCAAUCACAGGCACAAAAAUUAUUUUAGAGUUUUCCAAAGAAGCAGAAACAAUUGGAAAUAAAGGGUAACAUGAUAAAUUAAUUUGCUUGUUUAUGGAGGCCAAAGAGUCCUACCAUCUGAAAUCUGUGACUGGACAAGUCAGGGAAGCCAGUGAUAAAUUCCAGUAUGUAUCCUAACACCCCAGACUGAGGGGAGCCAAUGAUGUUAGUCUAGUCUCAGGGCAGGACAAGACUGAUGUACUGGCCAUGAGAGCAGUCAGGAAGAAAAAGAGAAUUCUUUUCCUCUCCAUAUUUUUGUUCCUCCCAGGUUCUUAGUGUAGGACGGUGUCUUCUCAUGUAAGGCAGGGCAACCAGAUAGGUUUGUAAGUCCACACAUUCAAAUGCUAACCUCAGCUGGAGGCACCCAGACAUAUCCAGAAAUAAUGUUUACUCUGUGUACCCCACAGUACAUUAACGAUGGCAUGGGAAACUAGUCACCAGCAAAGGACACGCAUAGAGCAAUGAAAAUUACUAAAUCACAGCAUACCCAAAAAAGGGUCAGAGGUCACAGCAUCACAAGUAAAGAUGGACUUAGGUAGUAGGUAGGUUUUGAAAGAUUUUUAAAUGAUUGAAAGAUGAAAAUAGAAAAAAAUCAAUGGAUGUAGAUAUUUACUCCUUCAUCCUUAAAUCAUUCAUUCAUACAUUCUUUGGGUUAUAUACUUUGUGCUUAGAGUCAUCUCUAACAACAGAGACAAAUAAAGCUUUCUUCCUUGCGCUUCACAGGCCAAGUUGCGUUUUGUGGGGCGGUGUGUGUGUGUGUGUGUGUGUGUGUGUGUGUGUGUGUGUGUGUGUGUGAAGUUACAGUCCUGUUAGAAGGUGAGAAUUUCUGUUUUUCUAUGUCCUUGCCAGUUGUCAGCACCACAAAAGAGAAAUGAAUAGUAACUUUGCAUUUCAUCAGUUUCUAACGAAGUUUAAGUGUGUUUUCUCUUCUGGAAACUGUGGCCAUGCUGGGCAGGUGUGGUAGCUCACAUCUAUGAUCCCAGCACUCCAGAGGCCGAGGCAGGAAGAGUACCAAAAGUUGGAAUGCAGUUUGGUCUACAAAUCAGUUUUGCUGUGAGCUUGGGAAGUUUCCUUUUUUUCCUCACCUACUUACCAGCUAUUACAAUGAAUCAAAGCUUUGAGCACAUGCCACCCAGGCAGAAGCUGAUUUGGUCCUUCGACUUCAAUGUUGGGAUGGCAUUUGGAUUUAGAUUCCUAGUCAAUGCAGAAACAAGGAAAACUGGAAUGAAAUGGAAUAACAUAUUCCUACCAACGGAUUCAGACAGCCUUUUAUUUACCUAUGUGCUAGGAAUGCUUUUAGUUGAUGCUUUCAUAUAUGGCCUUGUGGCCUGGUACAUAGAAGCUGUCUUUCCAGGAGAGUACGGUGUGCCAAAGCCGUGGAACUUUUUCUUGAUGCACUCUUACUGGUUUGGAGAAUCACGUCAACAAAAACCCGAAAUAACCCAAUUUUGUAAGAGAGUUGAAAGCAAGUAUUUUGAAGUUGAACCAACUGAUUUGACAGCAGGCAUCCAGAUCAAACACCUACACAAGGUAUUCCAAGAGAAUAACAUCACUAAAGUCGCCAUCAAUGACUUGUCUUUGAACGUAUAUGAGGGACAGAUUACUGUUCUUUUAGGACAUAAUGGGGCAGGAAAGUCCACUACUCUGUCCAUCCUCUCAGGUCUCUAUCCCCCGACCAGUGGAGAGGCCUAUGUUCAUGGAGAAGACAUCUCACAGCAUAUGGAUCAAAUUAGGAAUUUCUUGGGCUUAUGUCCUCAGCAGAACCUGUUGUUUGAUCACUUGACAGUAUCAGAACACCUUUAUUUCUACUGCAGGGUAAAAGGAGUGCCUCAAAAUAUGUGUCUUGAGGAAACUAACAAUAUGCUGUCAGCUUUUAACCUGACAGAAAAGCGUGAUGCAUUUUCAAAGUCAUUGAGUGGAGGCAUGAAGCGCAAACUCGCCAUCAUAAUAGCCCUGAUAGGGGGCUCCAAGGUGGUGAUACUUGAUGAGCCAACAUCUGGCAUGGACCCAGCCUCAAGGAGAAGCACCUGGGAUGUCGUUCAAACUUAUAAACAGAAUCGUACCAUCCUGCUGACCACCCACUACAUGGAUGAAGCUGAUAUGCUGGGUGAUCGCAUUGCUAUCAUGGUCCAGGGAACCUUGCGAUGCUGCGGAUCCUCUGUCUUCCUGAAAAGACUAUAUGGUGUUGGAAGCCACAUAGUCAUGGUGAAGGAACCUGUCUGUGACGUUGAUGAAAUCUCAAAACUGAUCCAUUACUACAUACCAACAGCCACCCUGAAGACUAAUGUUGGAAAUGAGUUAUCUUUUAUUCUACCCAAAGAAUAUACACACAAGUUUGAAGCUCUCUUGACUGCUCUGGAAGAGAACCAAGAAAACCUUGGCAUCUCUAGCUUUGGUAUGUCUAUCACUACCAUGGAAGAAGUCUUCCUUAGGGUCAGUAAAAUGGAAGACUCAAAACCAGAUAUGGAAGCUACCCAGUCGCCCUCUGCAGGAAGCAAAGGGAACAGGAAUAGAGAUGUUGAAAGUAGCAUGAGAGCAGGCUUUCCCACCCAGAGUGAAGACCAGACCAUUGUGUUUAACACUGGGUGUCCCCUCUACCUGCAGCAGUUCCAUGCAAUGUUCAUGAAGAGGCUGAUGUACAAUUGGCGAAACUGGAGGGUGCUUUCAGUGCAGAUACUGGGGCUUGUCAUUUCUACUUUCUUACUCCUCAAGUCUCAUGAGUUUAGACAUAAGAGAAUCAGGCAAAUGAAUUUGGAUGACUAUGGUCAAACCAUUGUGCCUUUUUCUAUUUUGGGGAAAUCUAAUUUGACAACAAGUCUCUUAAUACACCUUGAGAAUAUGCUAAAACCUGGCAACCACCAGCUCAAGGAAGUACAAGGAGACCUCCUCAAGUACUUGGAGGGGAAUGAAGAAUGCAUCCAUUUAUGUAUUGUUGCACUUUCCAUCAAGGUAGCUGCAGGUAGAGCGAAGCUUACCGUUCUGUUCAACAACGAAGCCUACCAUUCGCCAUCUCUGUCCCUGGCAGUUUUAGACAACAUUCUCUUCAUGUCACUUUCUGGUGCCAAUGCUUCCAUAACAGUCUUCCAUAAACCUCAGCCACGACCCACCAGCAAAGAGUGGCCACGGAGUACCUAUGGGAAGAUUGUGGCCUUCAAAAUUCAGCUGGGCAUGGCUCUUCUGGUCAGUGGCUUUUGCAUCCUCACGGUGACUGAGCGAAUCACCAAGGCAAAGCACAUGCAGUUUCUGAGUGGGGCUUCUGUCCUUGUGUACUGGCUUUCAGCUCUGGUGUUUGACUUUAUUAUCUUCUUCAUUUCUUGCUGCUUCCUAUUGGUUAUGUUCAAAUACUACAAAAUUGACAUCUAUGUCACUGACUACCACAUUUUGGAAACGAUGCUGAUCCUCAUACUGUUUGGAUGGUCUGCCAUCCCCCUCACAUACCUGAUGAGCUUCCUGUUUUCUAAAAGCAUCCCUGCCUACAUCCAACUUCUGGUGUUCUAUUAUCUCUCUGGCACUUCUGGUCUCUUGAUAGAUACCAUAAUAGAAGCCGGAUUAUCAACCAUCAUAUCCAACUCCACCCAAACUUUCCUGCUCAGUUCGCUGCUGUUCUUUCCCACGUACAACCUUGGGAAGUGCAUCAGUGAGUACACUGUUAUUUACCAGAGGAAAAUACUAUGCAUCCAGCAAAAGAAUGUUCUCAAAUACCUGAAUUGUAGCAAGGAAUACACCAAGAAGAACAUUUAUUCUUUGAAGAAGCCUAUGAUUGGAAAGUAUUUAAUUGCCAUGAGCAUCGCUGGCUUUGUUUACCUUCUCUUCAUUUUCUUUUGGGAAAAUAUCUCAUGGAAAUUAAGGAUGCUCAUCCACCAACACAUUUACUUUGGUGUCUGCAAGAAAUACAAGUCGGAUAUAAUUUCCAAUGAAUUAUCUGGGACUUCUGAAGAUAAUGAUGUAGAAAACGAGAGAAGAGAGAUCCUGUACCAGCCUGAAAAGUUCCUGAAUUGCCCAGUUCUCAUUAAGCAGCUCACAAAGAUAUACUUUAAGUCUCCACUAAUUCUGGCUGUGAAAAAUAUCUCCCUUGCUAUCCAAGAGAGGGAGUGCUUUGGAUUACUUGGAUUCAAUGGAGCAGGUAAAACAACUACCUUUCAAAUUUUGACUGGAGAAAUUACUCCUACCGCCGGGGAUGUGUUCAUUGAUGGCAUUAGCAUCACAAAGGAUGUCCUAAAGGUCAGGUCAAAAAUUGGCUAUUGUCCUCAAUUUGAUGCUUUGCUGGAAUACCUGACCGGCUGGGAAAUAAUGGUCAUGUAUGCAAGAAUAUGGGGAAUCUCAGAGCGUCAGAUUCGGCCCUAUGUGAACACGUACUUGAAUUCCUUGGAACUGGAGCCUCAUGCCAACAGUCUCAUCAGCACCUACAGUGAAGGAAACAAACGUAGGCUGAGCACUGCCAUUGCCAUGAUGGGAAAGCCCUCGGUUAUCUUCCUGGAUGAACCAUCAACUGGCAUGGACCCAAGAGCUAGGCGCCUUCUCUGGGACGCAGUGAUAAAGAUUCGUGAAAGUGGAAAGGCCAUCAUUAUAACAUCCCACAGCAUGGAAGAAUGUGAAGCGCUUUGUACAAGGCUAUCCAUAAUGGUGCAUGGGAAGCUCACCUGCCUGGGUAGCCCUCAGUACCUCAAGAACAAGUUUGGUGAUAUUUAUAUUCUGAAGACCAAGGUCAAGUCUGGGGAAACAUUAAAGGAAUUUAAAAAUUUCAUCACACUGACAUUUCCAGGUAGUGAAUUAAAGCAAGAGAAUCAAGGGAUCCUUAAUUAUUACAUUCCCAGCAAGGACAACAGCUGGGGAAAGGUGUUUGGCAUUUUGGAGAAAGCGAAGGAACAAUACGAUUUAGAAGACUAUUCCAUCAGUCAGAUCACCCUGGACCAAGUCUUCCUGGCUUUUGCUGACCAAGAUAGGAAGUGAUCAUGAGACAGAAGUUCCUUGAGAUUCAGUUACAAAUAGUGAUACUGACUUUUCUUUUUUCUUUUCUUUUUUUUUUAACCUAGAGCUGGGUACAUGGGGAGGUCAUCCUGUGCUUGUGAAUCUUCAUGUAAAUAUAUUUGUGUAAUAAAUACUUCCCUGAAAAAAGUGUCCCCUUCACUGAAGAUGGAGCUAAAUGUCCUGUUUCUGAUUUAUCUAAAUCUAAAAACAUUUCUUAGAGCUGUUUUCUUUCCUAGGAAAAUGAAAGAGCAGCACUCAGUUCUGUAAGGACCCAUUCUUAGAUGGUCGAAGUACUUGAGUAUAAACAUCUAAUAGUGAUGGUGCCAUCAGAUUUGCCCCAGUGGAAAUGCAUUCGUUUUAGCAGCUAUAAAUAAAAGCACAAACCCAAAACAAAUCAAAUAUGCCACAAACAUGCACAGAAAUAUAUAUGCACAAAUACAUAUCAACUUAUUCCCUGCUAUGUCUAAGUUAAUGUCAAAGUUUGAUAGUAUUAUUUCCAAAAUUCGAAAUGGUCUUUCAUUUUAGUGAUUAAAGAAAAAAAAUGAAGUAGUGUACAGAUGGGAUCAGUGGAGUAUCCUUAAAAAUAAUGUCCUGUUCUUUCUUUUCUUGCUUCCCCUACAAUGAAGAAUAAGAGAGUAAAGUAUAAAUGGAAUGAGACAGGGUUUCUCUCCUGAUUGUUGUCUAGGAAGUUGAAAUCCUCUAGGAAGUGAUGUGAUCUCUCUCUCUCUCUCUCUCUCUCUCUCUCUCUCUCUCUCUCUGCAAUUCAUGAGCAUGUAAGUAGGAUGGUUCUUGGUAGAUCUAUAAGUUGGUCUAGGAAGCUGCUCUGUGUUAGGG